CUCUCUCUCUCUCUCUCUCUGUCUUUUUUUUUCUUUUUAAACCCCCCCUCCUCCUCCCUUCCUCCUUCCUUCUUUCCAGGUUGGCAUCUCCACAGCCGUCUACUGCUGAUUUGUUUGAUUGAUUGAGACAAAAUUGACUUCUCGACGAGGGCAAGUGGGUUUUUUUUUUUUUUUUUUUUUUUUUUGAUCUCUGAAAAACUCAGCCAUGACGUCUCCGGCGAAAUUCCGAAAGGACAAGGAGAUAGUGGCCGAAUAUGAAACUCAAGUUAAAGAGAUCCGUGCCCAGCUGGUGGAGCAGCUCAAGUGUCUGGAUCAGCAGUGUGAGCUGAGGGUGCAGCUGCUGCAGGACCUGCAGGACUUCUUCAGGAAGAAGGCAGAGAUCGAGGUGGACUACAGCCGCAACCUGGAGAAGCUGGCCGAGAGGUUCCUCACCAAGACGCGCAGCACCAAGGACCAUCUACUCAAGAAGGAGCAGAGCAUUUUGUCCCCGGUGAAUUGCUGGAAUCUGUUGCUGCUUCAGGUGAAGAGGGAGAGCCGAGACCAUGCCACCCUGUCCGACCUCUACCUCAACAACAUCAUCCCCCGCUUCGCACAGAUCAGCGAGGACUCAGGACGCCUCUUCAAGAAGAGCAAGGAGGUCGGCGUGCAGCUGCAAGAGGACAUGAUGAAAGUUCUUAAUGAGCUUUACACGGUGAUGAAGACGUACCACAUGUACAACACCGACAGCAUGAACGCCGAGUCCAAGCUGAAGGAGGCGGAGAAGCAGGAGGAGAAGCAGAUGGGGCGCUCCGGUCGACAAGACGACCGCCAGACGCCACGCUCCCCCGACACCUUGGCCAGCAUCAAGAGCGACGAGAAACCCGUCCGGCGCUCCAGCGUCAAAAAAAUCGAGAAGAUGAAGGAGAAGAGACAAGCGAAGUACACAGAGAACAGGCUGAAGGCCAUAAAGGCCAGGAAUGAGUACCUGCUGGCUCUCGAGGCCACCAACAGCUGCGUCUUCAAAUAUUACAUCCACGACCUCUCCGACAUCAUUGACUGCUGUGAUCUAGGUUACCAUGCCAGCUUGCAACGCGCCCUGAGGACCUACCUAUCUGCAGAACAGAACGUAGAGACGUCCAAACACUCCGGCCUGGAGACACUGGAGGGAGCCGCAGAGAGUCUGGAGGCCAACGGGGACAAACAGAAAGUGAUGGAGACCUACAACAACGUCUUUUGCCCCCCGGCUCGCUUUGACUUCCAGUCCCACAUGGGAGACACGAUGGGAGUGAUGUGCGCACAGCAGCCGGUGGAAGGCGAGCUGCUCCAGAGGUGUCAGCAGCUGCAGUCCCGCCUCUCCACACUGAAGAUUGAGAACGAAGAGGUGAAGAAAACCAUGGAGGCCACUCUGUCCACCAUCCAAGACAUGGUGACGGUGGAUGACUACGACGUCUCCGAGUGCUUCCACCACAGCAACAGCAUGGAGUCGGUCAAAUCCACUUUCAGUGAAUCCUAUCUCAGCAAGCCCAGCCUGGCCAAACGACGGGCCAAUCAGCAGGAGACUGAGCAGUUUUACUUCACGAAGCUGAAGGAGUUUCUGGAAGGAAGGAACCUGAUCACCAAGCUGGAGGCCAAGAAUGACUUAAUCGAGAAGACCCUGGGAGAGAGUCAGAAGACUGACUGUUGCCUUGCCAGCGGACGGAGGAACUCGUCGGUACGGAAACAGGAGUCCGGUGAAGCCAUUCCUCUGAUGGUUGAGAGCUGCAUCUGCUUCAUCAGUCGCCAUGGUCUGCAGCAUGAGGGCAUUUUCAGAGUGUCGGGCUCUCAGGUGGAGGUCAACGACAUCAAGAAUGCCUUUGAGAGAGGCGAGGACCCGUUGGCGGGGGACCAGAAUGAUCAUGACAUGGACUCCAUCGCCGGCGUCCUGAAGCUUUACUUUAGAGGACUGGACCACGCCCUCUUCCCUAAGGAAGUCUUCCAUGACCUCAUAUCCUGCGUCUCGAUGGAGAGCCUCCAGGAGCGGGCAGUCCACAUUAAGAAAGUUCUGCAAUCUCUGCCGAGCAAAACCCUCAUCAUCAUGAGAUACCUGUUCGCCUUCCUCAACCACUUGUCUCAGUACAGCGAGGAAAACAUGAUGGACCCCUACAACCUGGCCAUCUGUUUCGGCCCCACCCUGAUGUCUGUCCCCGAGGGCCAUGACCAGGUCUCCUGCCAGGCUCACGUCAACGAGCUUAUUAAAACCAUCAUCAUCCACCAUGACACCAUCUUCCCUGGACUGCAGGACCUGCAGGGCCCCAUCUACACCAUCCCCGGAGCUGGAGAUGACUUCUGCGACAGUCCACACUGUGAGCCCCCCCUUGUGGAAGAGCCGGCGCCUGACACCGUCUCUGUAAUCCACAACAGCGAAGAUGGCUCCUUGGCUGUUUCAGAGUCUGACCCGUUCGAAGCCAUCGCUCGCUUCGACUACUCCGGCCGGACUAGUCGGGAGCUGUCGUUCAAGAAGGGAGCGUCUCUGCUUCUGUACCAGCGAGCCUCUGACGACUGGUGGGAGGGACGUCACAAUGGAGUGGAUGGACUGGUGCCACACCAGUACAUCGUGGUCCAAGACACGACUGACGGAGGCAGAGGAAGUCCAAAACCUGACGUGGACAGCAGGGACCUGCUGGAGGAACGGGUGUCUACUAGAGGCAGCGCUGCCUCUCCCACUGGAGCUCAUGUGGCGGACAUCUACCUGGCCAACCUGAACAAGAUGAGGAAACGUCCGGAGUCUGGGAGUAUCCGAAGAACGUUCCGGGGAUCAGAGAGCGACAGCACCAGUCCAGGAGCCAGUGGAGGUGGAGGAGGUGGUGGUGGUGGUGGUGGAGGUGGAGGGGUGAGAACAGCUUCUCUUCCCGUUGGUGGGUCUCUGGUGAAAGAAACCGGAGACAAGCGACCUGUGAGUGCUCACAGCAUCCUCAACUCAGUCACUCGCCACUCUUCUCUCAAGACCAAGGUGGAGAGUCCGCAGUUACGGAAGACGACUACAGCAGGGCGCUCGAAGAGCUUCAGCAACCACAGACCACUGGACCCUGAGGUCAUAGCCCAGGUGGAGCACAGCUCACAGGACAUCGAGGCUGCGAUGAGCUCUGCCCUGAGCGAGCUCAGUAAGCUGGAGAGACAGAGCACCUCAAAACACACACACACCCCUGACGUGGUUCUGGACACACUGGAGCAGCUGAAAGGUGUGGGUGGUGGCGGCGGAGGAGGAGGAGGAGCGUCGGAGCCCUCCAGCCCACUCCACUCCCGUCUGUUACGGGACAGCGAGGGGUGCUCCUCGCACGGCCACCCGCUUCAGCGCAGCGCCUCCUCCGCCAGCGACGUCCCCUCCUCCUUCCGCCCGGCCAAGAGCCAACCGCGGAGCCCCCUCCCCUCCGCCACAUCCCCCUCUCUCUCCUCCUCCUCCCUCUCCUCAUCCGUGCCCUCCUUCAGAGAGCUGCGCCCGCCGGCAACGAGGCCCAAGCCGGUGGUGUUCCCAAAAGGCGGAGGAGGAAGUGGCAGUCCAGCCAUGGGUUCCCCAACAUCUACUGUGCCCCCUACACCUCCUCCUCCACCCGCAGGCCACACACACUCUCUCCCUCACACCCCUCCUCCUCCACCUCCACCCCAGUCUAACGACAAAUCCUGCCCGGCUUAGGACCUUCUCAGUCUGAUCCACGACACUGAUUCUGACAAACUCUUUGAUUCUCACGGCUCUUCUACCAGGUGCAGAAAGCACUUCAUUUGUUUUCACACAAGACCUAACCCACUACUCAUGUGUAGCAUUCACUUCUCGGUGUCCAGGCGAACUCUUGAGACGCCAUGUUCCCUUUUUUUUAGAGUGUCAAGAGUUUUGUUUUCUGCCCUCUCCUGGCAGCUCUGCUUACUACAGGUCAGCUAUCACAAGGGGCGUAGAUUAGUGAAUACCCCUCGAAGACACUCAGAGAUUCCAGGAAUCACUGGAUUUUGAAAUCUUGUACAAGGGAACAGGGUUCAGGAUGGACACCUACAGGCCCUACAGCUUACAUACAGUAGUUUGUGAUGUUUGAAAUUGUGUUUGAGUGGGCGUGCAAGAGUGUUACUUGCCUUUUUACACAUCGAUCUAAGUGAGGAACAAAAAAAGCACUGUUUGAUUUUUGUAUAGUAGACAUGACAGGUUUUUGUUUUGUUUUUUCUUUAUUUCUUUUUUCUUUUUAAUGACCCAUGACUAGCGGACUGGAAGGGAGUGUUUAAUUCCUGAGAAUAAGACUGUGAAAUGCUAAGCUCUCAUUCUGUGUAGAAAUGAAACUCACUGACCCGCUGCUUCAGAAGUGAAAGACUGCAGAUUAAAGGUGAACCGUUUCGGUCGAUGACAAAAAGAGAGAAAACUGGGCCAAAUAUCAGUGUAAGUCAUGUGAUCAAGAGCUUUAUUUUAUCUCUUCCUCCAGUGUUUGAUAUGUUGGUGUUUUCUUUUUUUAUUAUUAUUAUUAUUAUUAUUAUUGUUCAGUGCUAGUACCACAGCAGGAGAAAAGCAGGAGCAGCGUUCUCCAAAACAUAAUAACGGUCAUCUGAAUCCAAAUAUAGCAAUAAAAAUAAUGAAAGCUGGUAGUUUGUGGCAUUAUGCUGCUUCCCUCCUCACAGCUCUAUUAUGUAUGUAGAGGACCACUGAAACCCAGCAUUUUUAUAGUUAAUGUUGGACUGUACACGCACGCACACACUUCCUCCAAAACGUGUGUGUGUGGUGGUGUUUUGUGGCAGCUAAACGCCUUUCAGGUUUUCUUGCAUGCUGGGGCCAUAGACGGCAGCCACAGUGGCGAGCUGUGCUGAUUUGCAUCAGUUUAUAUAUCUGCAGUACCAGCUACAGGACAUCUUCAAAAAACAAAAUUACAGCUUGCUCCUCUUCAACUAUAUACUUCAGACUUAACAGUUAAAAAAAAAAAAAGGGUUUUAUUAUUCUAAUGGUGUGUAUGUAUGUGUAAUAAUCAUGAUAACUGGAAGCAUGGAGCCGAGGAUCCUCCUGAGUGUGUUUAGAUAGAAGCACAACCAACCACCUCAUCCAAUGCGUUCUUAAGCAAAGUUUGCUUUUAUUAUUAUUAUUUUUUUUUUCUUCCAGUUGUUUAUUAAUUCUCAGAAUCUGUAAUGGUAAAAUGUUGAACUGUGUUGCUGUCUGGGUGUGUGUGUGUGUGUGUGUGUGUGUUUGUGUGUGAGCAUGCGUGGAUGUAAAGUAUGUAUGCACCUUACCCCGACCCGCCUCCGCUCUGCCCCUCUACCCAUCAUAAAGGGAUGGCACCCAACAGCGACUUGUCUGGAGACACGCAGAAAAACACUUCUCCCAUGUUCUGGAGUUAGCAACAGCCUUCAUGCUGAAUAAAUAUGCACUGUGUACAUAUGAGCAGAUUAAGAAACAAAACAAAAAAGCCUGCAGGGAUACAUUAAAUGUCUCGUCUUCAGUUGCUGCUGUAACAGCACCAGUGGCCGACCAGCUUUAGGUAGAAAGAGGAUGAGAAAACCCAAAUCCAAGGACUUUUCUUUAUAUAUAUAUAUAUAUAUAUAUAGAUAUAUAGAUAUAUGUAUUAUUUGCUCAAAUGUACCUUUGCAAAAUUAGAUCUGAUGAUGAAUUAAGGAAUAUGUGAAUCAUUUUGCAAACACUGACUGUAAAAGUGGACACAUGCCAUUCAGGGUAAACUGAAUAAAGCCUUUUUUUUUUUUUUUUGUAUUUCACCUCCUUGAAAAAGUAUUGAACUCAUUUUUUGGGACAAUUUUCCCGCAUAAUUCCCUUCUCCUGAACCCUACUCCCAGAAAUACAGCACAUACUGCAUUCCUGUAUGCUCUCUACCAGGUAAUUAAUUCUAAUUGUUUGGGGUUUUUUAUCUCUGUAUACUGUUUUUGUAUUACCUGGCGUAUUUGUGUUGCUCUUACCUCAUCGUGACAACUGGAGGGAGUGUGACUGUGUGUGUGUGUGCGUGUGUGUGUGUGAGAUGAACUGGCCUUAUCAACGCGCACACACACACACACACUCUCGCACAUACAGACAUGCAUGUGGUUGGUUGGUGUGUUUUUUUGUCCCGGCUGUGCUGUUUAAGGGGGAGCUGGGACCCUCUUUUCGAUCUCGAAUCAAUCAUCGUGCACUUGAACAACUUGGCUUGCGUGUGGACUAACUGUGUGGGGAUGAUUUGUCGGAAAUUGAAUAUUGUUAAAUAUGCAUUUUUGUGUCCAUUUGAAAACAGCAGAACAGAAAAAAAAAGACUAAUGUCAAAUCUAUUUAUAGUUGUCUCUGUAUUACUGGAGAAUCCUGUGUUCAGAUGUACUUUGUAUAUACAAUGUUGUACAUUACAGAGGUACACUCUUUUUUGGUACAAUAUUGUACAGUAAUAGCAAUAGUAGUUUAAUCAAAUAGGCCUUAUAUAAUUCUAUGUGUAGUUCUUGUAGUAGAUCUGUUUUUUAAUAAACAUUGCUUGCUAUAAAGA